AAAAGACCAGAGUAAAAUUUCACAUCAUACAACAGUAAUAUUGGUUCUCGCCCUAUGGAGAGAGGAUUAAAUUUGACUACUGACCCGUUGCCAUGCGAGAAAGAUAUCAUGCACCAUUUUACCCAUAAAAACAAAACAGUAACAAAAAUCCAUGAAUAAACAAUUCAAUUUGGGUAUAUGGAAAUGUUGGUUGGAUUAAAAAACCUGGGUUGUCAUGCUCUCCAAUCCAGUCGUGCCUGGUCUUCAGGGGGAAUUGCACGCUUUACAAUACUUUUUCGGGAAUUUUAGUUGCGAGUUCGCGAUGGUGUGCACUCCAUCUCCCUUGCGUGUUCACCUACUACUGCAAGAAUGAAGGCUUUGUCAGGACUUAUGCUUAGGAUUUGUACUGUUAAAGUUAUGGAGGAAGAUGGAGUAUUGUGAAGGAAUUUUCAUUAAUUUGUUUGAUGGCUGACAGACCAGCCUUCUCAUGCUGUGUCUCUGCUCCUCACUCCAUUUAAUGAAAAUUUGAUGGUUGUAGUACAGCGGUACAAGAAGGCCAAGGCUUUUCAGGCUAAUUUAUUCAAUUCCCAAGGGCACCCAAAUGAUCAUGUUGUGAUGCAACCUUAAAAAAUCAGAGAAAACGAAGGCUAUUUAAUGAGAGAGAGCACCGAAUUGAUCUUUAUUUUGGUACUCUAAAAAUUAGAGGAAAAAAGAUUUAUUUGGGUAUUUGGAAAAUGAGAGACAGAGCACCCAGAUGGUCAUUUUGUGCCACCGACCUCGAAAAUCAGAGAAACAAAGUCUGUUUUUGGUUUUGGGUACUGGAAAAAUGUGAGACAAAGCCCUAGAGUGAUCAUAUUGUGUUAGCGACUUUAAAAAUCUGAGAAAGCGAGGGUGUUUUUGAGGUUUAAAAAAAUUAAGAGACACCACACCCAUAUGUUGAUGUGUGCCACCAAACAUAGGAAUUAGAGGCAGAAAGGGCAUUUUUGGAUUUGGGUAUUGGGAAAAUGAGGGACAGAGGCAAAACCUUGGAAAUGUAUGGUGGUGAAGAGUCGGGUUUAUGUUGCAGGAAGCACCCCACACAAGCCUCUGGUGGUAUUUGUGCACUUUGUCUUAAGGAUAAACUCAGCAAGCUUGUUUGUUCAGAUUGUGGUGAGCAAAGGCCACCUUCAUGUUCAUGUUCCGAGGCAGCUUCAUCUUCCUCAAACAAUACGACUAAUAAGGAUAUUGCCAAGGCCGCUGGAACAGUUGAUGUGGGAAGUGCCGGGAGGAUAUCAUUUCUUAUUGAGAGUGACAAUGUGGUGGAUCUGAGAACAGGAGUUGUAGGAGGAGGACAGGUACAGUGUGAUGUCAAAUCCAGGCCCGCCAAGCCUGAUGCCAUUGUACUGUUGAAGAGAAGCAAAUCUGUUGCUUGUACAACUACAACACCACCACCAACCACACCACCUUUAGUGGCACGAACACCACCGCCACUACAGUCAUCAUUAGUAACAGCAGCAUUAGCUGGAGAUUCUAAGGUAUGCGCUUCUGAUAACACUGCAAAGAGAUCAUCCUUCUGGUCAUUUCUGUAUUUUAUCAAGAGCAAGCCAACAUCCACCAAGAAUAACAACAACAGAAACAAAAAAAUUGACCAACCAAAUCAUGAACUUGUGGGUUCCCACAGGCCUGCAGAUCAGGGGAUGGUCUGUAGCAGGCCCACUAAAGAAGAGGUGGCUUAUAAGCAGCAAGAGGUGUUGUGUAGCAGACCCACGAAACAAAGGCUGGCUAGUAGAAAAGCUCGAGAGCCAGGGUUGUUGGAUUUUGUUGAUGAAAUCAGUCCUAGAACCGCAACACUUGGGGUGGUUAAUAAAAGACCCACAGAACAUAGGAGUGAGCAAGAGAUCCCCAGUGCUCACCCUGUUUACGAGAGUCCUCUGUGGAUGUUGCCUAGGCUUUUUAGGUCUAGAUCAGUUGGGUGCGGAAGAAACAGUUUCUCUGUAGAUCAAGAUGACAUUUCCGAGUCAGGCCUCAAAACUGAGGCCAAAGGCCACACGAGUGCUUAUGUUGAUGACAAGAAAGCUGCUAUGACUAAAGCCAAGUCUAAACAAGCCAAGUCUAGAAGUCCCAGAAGUGUUAUUGUUGCUGCUACCUCGGCUGAUCACAUGAAGAUUGAUAAAGAGGAGCGGCAAGCGAAGGCUAAAAGGCAGCUCAGUGUGAAACCCAAAGGUCUUUUCGGAGGAUUUGGGAAAAGCAGUGCAACAUUGUAUGGUAUAUCCUCUGUGGUUUCUGAUGAUGGCAACCAGAUUUCAGGGGCAAGUGCUGGUCGGAGCAGAGGUUGGGGUUGGGCAUUCUCCAGUCCAGCAAGGAUCUUCAAGCAUAAGAAGCCUUCCAGGGAAACAAGUAGUAACAACAAUAAUGGUUUCAUGAAUCAGGAUACAAAUAUGCUUUCCACUUCUAAUUCAGCUGAUACUGCUCUUAAAGGAGAGUGAAAGAGGGUGAUUGACAUUAACUGUUUUCAAGUAACUUGGCCUUUUUAAGUGAUUGGAAUGUAUUAUUUUAUCGUUAUGUACCAAUAUGAACAAAUACUCCAAUUGUCUACUCUCUGCCUUCAGAUUUGCAGAACUGAUAUUCUUUGGAUCAAUUUUAGCUUUAUAACACAUGCACAUCUCUAUGUUUUUUAAAUGAUCGGAGUGUCUUAUUUAUGCGCUGAUAUGAGUACUCUGUAAUCCGUAUGUCUACUCUCUGCAUUCAGAUAGUUGAAGAACUGAUAUUCUUUGCAUCUCCGUCUCAAAAGUUUAGCUUUAUAACACUGAACAAAAAGUUAACCAUUUAAAACAUAAUUUUCCUGGCUUUAAUUUGAUCCAAUUUAUCAUCAUUUCUUAAUUUGUCAUGUUCACUGUUCAUUAUGUUACUGGUGCCAAUCAUUCACUUGUGCUAGGAAGCAGAAUUUGAUGGUCCCAAUACAUACAUAUAUAUCAUAAACUAUCUGAUUUUGAAUAAGGAUGUUUCUGCGAGUCCAUGGGGUUAUUAGUAGUUUUUGUAACACUUUUUGGUUCAUUUGUGCUCCGUGCCUUUCAUUUCUAGUCCAUGCUUUGCAGCCUAGUAUCAGAAGUGGGUAGGCUUGGUGCAAUCAGGUUGUAGUGGCUUGAGCAUCAAUUUUGGAAGUAAAAUACAUGCUUAUACGAUGUCUAAACCCAUGGAUGUUAGCUCAAUGGUAGAGCACCAGCAUUAGGCAUGGGACAGUAAUGCUGGUGAAAGUCAGGGUCGCCACUGGCCUGUUAUCUUGCUUUAACAUCCAUGUUAGGUCAGAACAUGUUGGCGUCUUUUAGAAAAAAUCAGAUUUAUUCAUCUAAUAUUUUCUGUCAUAUUUCAACUCAAAUUAUUGUCCCUGGUUGAUUAAAAAGAUGAAGAACAGGGAUAAACAAAACAUUGCUUUUCCUGGUUUGUUAAUGUUGGUAUCGCUAGAAAAGGUUUCAUGGUAUAAUAAACAGACAAGGUUAACAAAACAUUAGCUUUUCAUGAUUUAGUUUUUACCAAUGUAUCUAUUAAAAGGAUUUAGUCAUUUAAUAAAUUCUGCCAAAAAUUAUAGUGCAAAUUCUGUCAAGAGGAUUUUAUUUUUAUACUUUCUAUCGACGAUGAGUAAGUCAUGCAAUAGGAUGGUGACCAUACAA